AUGAAGCUAUACUUCGAAGCCGAAAAGUUUCUUAGACAAGAUGGCAAACCUGGUAGUGGGAGCUUACAGUCACGGAUAUUCAGUGAAAGAGGUCUCAAGUCUUCACCCAAGCACGUAUUUGCGUUAGUUCACUCGACAAGCAAAUUCAAGGACCACAUCAAUCACAUCAUCAAGAAGUCAAAAGUCAAGCAGGAACUAGCGACAAAGAAAGUGAGAGUCAGCGACGAGCUUCUAGCGCUCUUGGUGCACGACUUGCUAUUCAGUCCACGCGGAAGAAUCGAAAGCGGGAAACACCCCAUCAAGGAUGCAUUUUUGUCCAACAAGACGAGGCUUCAAGCCGAGUUUAUCAAGUUGAAAUUGAAGUAUAAAAUCAAGACGGUCGACCAGCUUCCUACAAAGGACUCCAGCGCAAAUGAGACUCCGGUGAGAUGGUUUAGAAUCAACACGAUAAAAAUUGACCCGGAGCGGUUUUUCAAAAAACACCCUUUUUUCACCAAAUUGCAGCCGGUCAACUCCUUCCAGGAACUCACGGCGCCGGGUCUUGUAUACUCUGACGACUACAUCCCACACUUGUACGGGAUACAUCCACGAGAAAAACUCUCGGCGACAGACGCGUAUAAACUAGGCGAGGUCAUCAUCCAAGACCGCGCCUCGUGCUUCCCCGCGCAUAUCCUCAACCAGGACCCGCACGAUGUCCACAAGUACGUGAUUGACGCUUGUUCUGCUCCCGGGAACAAAACCACGCACGCGGCUUCGUACUUGCCCCAUACCGCCGAUGAUGGCGACGGCGUGGUGUAUGCCAUCGAGCGCGAUGCCAAACGAGUGGCGAUAUUGCGAACCAUGACGGAGAAAGCCACGGGCAGGAACAAGAAAAAGAAAAUCCAGGUGUCGCAUCGCGACUUUACAACAAUAAAACCCGAGGACUAUCCAGACGUCACGGGCCUCAUCGUUGAUCCAUCGUGCAGUGGAUCAGGCAUAUUUGGCCGUGCAGCCGACAAUGAUGCCCCAGGAGGCGGCGAUGGGGGAGAAGAAGAGGAAGCCAAGGAUCCACAAAUCGACCAGGAAAGAUUGAAAAAACUCGCGUCGUUCCAGUUCAUAAUCAUGAAGCACGCGUUGUCGUUCCCCAGUGCUCGCAAAGUCGUCUAUUCGACGUGUUCCAUACACGCGGAGGAGAACGAAAGAGUCGUGGUUGAUCUCUUGCUGGAUCCUCAAGUUGAAAAGCAAGGGUGGACUCUAGCGUCGAAGGACGAGGUCAUCCCCACAUGGCCAAGAAGGGGAAUCGAGAGCGAGUUUAUCAAAUUGUCACGAGACGCAAAAGUGUGCCGCAACCUCGCUGAUGGUUGCGUUCGAGCUAACCCGCGAGAAGACGGCGGUAUUGGUUUUUUCGCUGCUUGCUUCGUGAAACGGGAUCAUGUCCAGGAUGGUAAAUCUGACGAUCAAGAAUAG